AUGGUUGUGGUCGGCUCAGCAACAGACUCCUCAUCGCCCUUUGGCAAGAAACUUGCCGCCAACGACAAGAAGACCAGAGAUAAGGCUGUCAAAGCCCUUGGAAGGUGGAUCUCGAACAAGAAGGACUUCACACACAUCGAGCUUAUGAAGCUCUGGAAGGGUCUCUUCUACUGUGUGUGGAUGUCCGAUAAGCCCAUUAUCCAGCAGCAAUUGAGCGAAACGUUGUCUUCAUUGAUCCUUCGCGUGCCUCGCGAGUCCGUCAUGGCCUUUAUUGCAACAUUCUGGGAAACGAUCUGCGCAGAAUGGCACGGAAUUGACCGCUUGAGAUUGGACAAGUUCUACUUCUUGUUGCGUCGGUUCCUUUCAUACUCAUUCCGCAUGCUCAAGGAGAACGCUUGGGACUUGGAGACUAUCGAGGAGUUCACCACAGUCAUGACGAACGGGCCAUUAAACGCUUCGAACAAACAAGUACCGGAUGGCAUUCGGUUCCACCUCAUUGAAAUCUAUCUGGAAGAGCUGGAGAAGGUUGUCACCAUUGCCGAGUCUGGAGAUGUCCCCACAGCACAUAUUCUUCAGCCCAUGUUCCAUCUUUUGGGAGAGACUAUCAACGGAAAGGUGUUCAAGAAGGUCGCCGAGGAAGUUUUCGAGGAGAUUCUGAAGAAGACAGCUGCCGGUGAAGGGGACGACUCUGAUUUUGAGGAUGAUGACGAUCUGACUAUUUUCGAUAAGAAGGACGACGAGGACGAGGAUGAGGUCGAGGAGCAGGAUGACGAGGAGAUGGCAGAAGAUGAGGAUGACGAGGAGGAGGCCGCGGCUCUGGCAGAGAUGGAGGACGAGGCUGAUGAGGCAAUGGGAGAGAGCACAACAUUCGAUUACGAUCUGCUGGGUAUCAAGGAGCGUCUAUUUGAGAUCGGAGCAGAGAAGGAAACGGUGGAGCAGAACCGCCGCAAGGUGUACGUUCUCUACAAGGCAUACCAGGACUUUUGCCCGCUCGAGGAUGAUGAAUCUGACGCCGAGGCAGAAGGAGAGGAGGAAGCUGACGAGGACGAGGAAUAG